CACAGUCCAUACCGCAUUCUAGACUGGUGCGAGAGAUGGACUGUGACCUUAGAGAAGCGAGAUAUCGCAUCCUAUGACCGGUCAUUCGCGAUCCGGCGCUGCUCCCUCAAGUCCGUCGUCCUCUUCCCUCAGGCAGAAUCAGCUCACCCAAUUGAAAGUGAAAUAGAGCCGUCGCCGGUGAGGGAUUCCAAAGUCCCCAUCAUCUUCGUCUUUGGUAAGAUCUUGCUUUUCCCCCUUUCCAGUUCCAUUCCACGUUGUUCAAUGGAUGUUGGAACACGGGAGUUGGUCUCGAUUUGCUCAGGUGGCCCAGGUUCCGGGAAAGGCACUCAGUGUGAGAAGAUUUCAGCGAAGUACGGGUACAAACACGUGAGCACAGGGGAUCUGCUGCGAGAGGAGGUUCAAUCUGGAUCCACACGGGGUCAGGAGCUGUCUGCCAUCAUGGCGAAGGGAAACCUUGUUCCCAUGGAUGUGGUCUUAGACUUGCUGAAAGAGAGAAUGGUGAGUCUACUGCAGGAUGCCAAGGGAUACCUCAUUGAUGGCUACCCUCGUGAGGUUGUCCAAGCUAUUGCCUUUGAAAACAAGAUCGCUCCGUGCUCUCUGGUGAUAUAUUUUAACGUAUCAGAUGACACUAUGACAAAGAGAUUGACGAAGAGGGGUGAGACGUCGGGGAGAGUUGAUGACAACGAGGAGACCAUCCGGAAGAGACUUCAAACUUUCCAUAAUCAAACGAAGCCAGUGCUCGAUAAGUAUGUGGAUAUAACAAGAACGGUUCCAGCUGAAGGGGAAAUUGAUGCAAUAUUUGCUGAAGUAUGCAAAGCUAUUGACUCUUGUAUCCCACAGAGCAAGUGAAGUGCCUAGGGUUUCCUGUUGCGUUCCCCUUCCCCCCCCCCCCAUGUUUGUCGGUGUUCUGCCCUUUUCUCUUAGGUGAGACUUGCUGCUUUUGGGAGGAAUGCUGCUAAUCCUGCCAUUGAAUGUACCUGAGCAGCCAAUUCUGGAGUCUUCAACUGCCUAUCCAUGUGACUCCAGUGUUGUUUCCUCUGUUUGGGAGUACAAGGUUCAUGAAUCUGAUGGGGUUCAAUGGUUCAGUGUUGAAUGCAUUUGAGAGUGCAAUUGCAAGUUCUCAUCAUGGAUCAGUUAGGAUAUACUUCCUUAGUGUGGCAUUAAAUAUGACAUUAAGUUGGACUUAAUUGUUGUUCCUCAGCUG